UGGAAUUCCGAAGAUCAAUCACAUUCCACCGGUCUGAACGAACGACGACGCUCAAGUAUUUGUAAACUCUUCGAAUGCGUUAUUCGACUUCGAUCCCAUUCACCGUAAAUGCGCAAGUUGAUUUGUUUACAUAUUAAUUAGGUACUCCCGGAGAAGAGGAAAAUACUCCUCCUCUGUCGAGAGAUCACCGAUCACACAGUUUAGUGACUUGUGUUUACGUUUCUAAAAAGAAAAGACCCCACUCUUCAUCAAAGAUAUGAAUUUCUGAGUAUUUCAACUCGAGAAACGAUCAGCAGUGUUGACCUUGACGUCGUAGUUGCCGUAGAAUACAAGUACCCACAUUCAAAACACUGAUCUCGUCAGACUUGCUGGGGACAACAAGUGGAUUCAUUCAUAUCAACGAGCGCUCGCUCAAGUGUCGAACAGCUUAUCGACUUCCGCUAGAUCGGGUGAACCUCUACUUAUAGUUGAAACUUUGCAGAUUAUCAUCAAGACUCGUGUGCCGGAGACAUGUUGGAAGGUAGAAAGAUUCUAGCGAUAUGGCUAGGCGCUGCCGUCGGGUUGAUCUGCUUGGCCCAGUUCGCAUACUCGUGUAACGAAAUGGUCUGCGCCAGUAUCGUGUCCAAGUGUAUGCUGACGCAGAGCUGCAAGUGCGACAUGAAGAACUGCUCCUGCUGUAAGGAGUGCUCGGAGUGUCUGAGCUAUCUGUACACGGAGUGCUGCAGUUGUCUGGAGAUGUGUCCGAAGCCGAACGAAACGACCAACGAGCUCAGUAAGCAAUCGCAUGUGGAAGAGCUGGAGGGUUUCCAGAAUCUGUUCAAUGUGCUAACCUCGGAGGAAGACCCCGAGGAGCGUUGGAGGAUCUACACGUUCCCGAUCGAUCUGGACGCGGCGCUGUACGGGACGAAUGGGGAAUCCGGCAUGAAGUAUUUGAUGCACUCCAGUGACAACGACCUGAAGCCACGCUUCGAAGACUCGUCCAAGGUGACGGUCAACUGUACCGUCGCCUACAUGGCCCAGUGCAUGUCUUGGAACAAGUGCAAGGAAAGUUGCCUCACCAUGGGAGCGUCCAGCUAUCGGUGGUUUCACGAUGGAUGCUGCGAGUGCGUUGGUCAAACGUGCAUCAACUACGGCAUCAACGAUUCACGCUGCCGGGAGUGCCCGGAGAACAAGGACCUGCUGGAUCUGGAAGAGGGACCCAACGAGGACGAGCUGGACUACGGCGAUGGGGUCGGACCAUUAGACAAUGGAGGCGUCGAGUCGACCAAUAUCUGAAUGAUGGGGGCUGCGUGGCUGGUGGUAGCGAUGGCAGCAGUGACGGCGGUACCUGGUUGGAUCUAGACGGAAGAGGGGCUUGUGGAUGAAUAGCAGUUUUUUUUCAAUCGAAUUUUGAACAGUCUGGUAUAAUGUGCCUUAUUAGAUGUGUGGCCGUUUUGAGACAGGACUCCAAACGGCUUAGGAUUAGUUAAUCUCUGUGUAUUAACCGGAAACGAAGUAUUUGCUGAGUGUACUUGAGGGACGAGUUCUACGUAUUUAACUUAACGGGUGAUGAAGGAGCGGUGAGGACGACAAUGACGGAGAAAUGAAGUAUUGCAACUAAUACUUAAACAUUUAUUAUUUUUGUAAAAUAAAUCUAUACCCGAACAAUGAUUUUAAAAUCGUC